UGAAAACAGGCAGCUCAGGGACUUGCAAAUUUUUUUUAAUACAUCAUAUGUAUAAGGUUUAUUAUUUAGCAACACUCUCAGUGUGAUUCUCCAACUGUGUUUGUCAUACAGGUGUUGUGACAGAUGAGAUGGAGUCAGUGUCAGUGAUGGAGGGAGAUUCGGUUACUCUACACACUGAUCUUACUGAACUACAGAGGGAUGAUGUGAUAUAUUGGGGGUUUGAAGGGACCCGCAUAGCUCAGAUCAAUAAAGUUGCCAGUGUGAUCUCAAUAUAUGAUGAUGUUCUUGACGGGAGAUUCAGAGACAGACUGCAUCUGGAUAGUCAGACUGGAGAUCUCACCAUCAGCGAUGUCAUAGCUAAAGACUCUGGACUUUAUAAACUACAGAUCAGUGACAGCAGUAAGAGUAUAGAAAAGAUCUUUAUUGUUACCGGUGUGAUUGAUGUUGACAGAGAAGGAGUGAAGUCAGUGUCUGUGAUAGAGGCAGAUUCUGUCACUUUAUACACCGACGUUCCCGAUAUCAAGAAGUAUGAUGUGAUACUCUGGAGGUUUCAACAUGAAAACUCUCCUCUAGCCGAACUAAACAGAACGGCUGGGAUCCUCUCUAUACACGAUGAUGUUCAUGAUGGAAGAUUCAGAGACGGACUGAAGCUGGACAAUCAGACUGGAUCUCUUACCAUCAGAAACAUCAGAUCCAACAACUCUGGACUUUAUGAAGUAGAUAUCAAC